GCAGCUCCCCUUCUUCCCCUGUCAAGAAACGAAACCAAUCAACUCUGCUCCACCUGCAGCAUCGCCAGCAAUGACUUUUCCUUUUUCCUUUUUUCAGCGUGAGAAUAAUUGAAACCAGUAACUGGAGAGCACAGAAUAAUCCUUUGGAGGGGGAAAUAAAAAGUCUGCCAGUUAUUUUGAAAGAAUAAUUUUGGCAGUGGCACAAAAAAAAGAAUUAUAUAUAUCUAUAUAUAGGUAUAUAUAUAUAUAUAUAUAACAUUUCUAUUUUGACUUCGAGAAUUGCACUUUUAGGAGCUGGCCUCUAAUUUGACUUUUCAGUUAAUUCUGAUGAGAUUUCUAUUUUAUGAUUGGCUUUAUGUUUAAUCCUUCUUUUCAACAAACACAAUUUGAGUUCAAUGGAAACCUAAGUGCUGACAAAUAGAAAAGUUUACCAAAGCAACAAGUUAGUUAUUUCUUCACUUUUUUUAAACUUGAAUUCCCUUUUUUAUCCCCCCCCCCUUUUUCUUCUUUGAAAGAUCAGCAGUACAAUUUCUCCUGAAGGAGGGGUGUGGUUCCUUGUGUUUUCCUUUUUCUCUCCCCCCCCUUCCUUUUUUUGGGGGUGGUUUCUUUUAUUUUUUAAAAAAUGGCUGUGAACGUUUCUUUGGUUCGUGAUACAAAAUGGCUGACGUUAGAAGUAUGUCGAGAAUUUCAGAGAGGUACUUGUUCUCGCUCUGACACAGAGUGCAAGUUUGCCCACCCUUCAAGGAGUUGCCAUGUGGAAAAUGGACGAGUUAUCGCCUGCUUUGACUCCCUAAAGGGUCGCUGCACUCGAGAAAACUGCAAAUACCUUCAUCCUCCGCCGCACUUAAAAACACAACUUGAAAUCAACGGACGCAACAACCUGAUCCAGCAAAAGACAGCCGCAGCCAUGUUUGCACAGCAAAUGCAGUUCAUGCUACCGGGAGCACAAUUGCAGCCAAUUACAACUUUUCCUGUGACUCCUUCGCUUGCAACUAGCCCCACCAUGGCAUUCAGUCCCUACCUAAGUCACGUCUCUCCUGGAAUGGGUUUGGUUCCUGCAGAGCUGUUGCCAAAUACACCUGUCCUGGUGUCUGGGAACCCAGCUGUUUCUGUGGCAGGGAGCUCCACUGGGCAGAAAAUGAUGAGGACAGACAAACUGGAGGUUUGCCGGGAGUUUCAGCGUGGCAACUGCACACGUGGCGAGAAUGACUGCCGUUAUGCUCACCCGAUAGAUAUUGCCAUGAUAGACACAAAUGAGAACACCGUGACGGUGUGCAUGGAUUACAUCAAAGGGCGAUGCUCGCGGGAGAAAUGCAAGUACUUUCAUCCCCCUGCACACCUGCAAGCCAAAAUCAAGGCAGCUCAACACCAGGUGAAUCAAACCGCUGCAGCCGGAAUGACUCAGCCAGCUGUCCGAUCACUGAAGCGACCCCUCGAGGCAACCUUUGACCCGGCGUUGCCACCUGGUGCUCUUCAACCUUUACCAAAGAGGCCAGCGCUUGAAAAAAACAAUGGUGCCACCACAGUCUUUAACCCAAGUGUUUUCCAUUACCAACAGGCCCUCGCAAACAUGCAAUUGCAACAGCCAACAUUUAUCCCUACAGGGUCUGUGCUGUGCAUGACUCCCACAGCAAGCGUUGUUCCCAUGAUGCACGGUGCUACGCCCACCACUGUUUCUGCAGCAACAUCACCUGCCACCAGCGUUCCUUUCGCUGCAACUGCUACAGCCAAUCAGAUAUCCCAGUUAUCAGUAGAUGAACUAAACAGCAGCAUGUUUGUGUCACAAAUGUAGAAGCAAACAACAGAAAACAAACUAUGUCAGAAUCAUGAAACUGAAAUCAUGGAGUUACUGGACUUUCCUGUCUUUGGUGGGAAGCUGCCUCUGGGCUCUGUGUAUAUAUGCCCAUCCUUUCCUCCUCUACAGCAUCUACAGUAAGCCUACUGCAGCCUACAUGUUAACCAAAAACUGGUCCAUGGGAAUGUCAAACUUUUUUUUAAGCACUAUAGAGAAACAAUUAACAAAACAGCACUCUGUUAUACAAGGCAUAGAAGUAAGUAGAGAACUAUAACAAUAGACUUUUAUAACAUCUUACUUUAACACACUUUUAAAAAAGAAUAUUUUUUUCCUGACUACCAUCAAGAGAAAGUGUCCUCCUGCACAGUCGACUUACUGGUUUAUUAUUCUGUUUUCGAUGGAUAAAUGUUUGUCUGUUUUCAAAGUGUUAUCUUACUGUUUUGUUUACAUCCUAGUCUAUUAUUGAUUUGUUUGGAGAGACAAAAGAAGAAAAGAUGUACAUCAUUAUCAAGUAUACUCAACACCGGGGUUUUUCAUUAUCAUAAUGUCUUACAUUUUCAUAUACUGUGGUCGUUAUGGGUUUCUCCUCUUUUUUCUUUCCUUUUUUUUAAAAAAAAAAAAGAAUGACAAGCUAAGAAUGUUAUACUGGGAAACAGGAAUGGUGUGCUUUUAAAAAAGCAAGAGACAAGAAUGUUCAGAUAUAGAUUCGUAUCGGGCUAGUUAUUUAGAGACCUCCAUCUGAAAAAUAGACUCUCCCUCCAAAAUGGAGUCUCUAAUAAAUUAAUAAAAAUAAACAAUACUUGCAAAAGUUGUGAAGGGAUUUGCUGUCAGUUCAGGAAGGGGGAAUGUAAAGUGAAAUGGAUCAAAACAGGGUCAAGCCCGCAAGGCCAAGAUGGCAGAAAAGCACCUGGCAAAAGAGAUUUCUGCCUUUAAGUGCCACUUUAAGCUCCAAUUGGUGCACAACAUAUCUUGAAAGUUUACCAACACGGGGUUUUUUUAAGUGACAUCAAGAAGUAUGACCAGUUUAUGGAAAAUGAGGUUUUCUUGCCAUUGAGAUGAAAGUAUUCUGCUAAUAUGCAGACCCCAUUGUGAUAUAGAACAGAAAAACACACACAUAAAUUUUCCAUUCAAAUGUAAGCAGCCCAUCUCCACAUCCCAGGCUUAGCCCAGGGAAGUAGUACCAAACUGCAGCCUGACUCCUCCAUUGGGUUGUAUCUUUGUGCAGAUGGGAGCAGGGAUGGCUCUUGAGGGAGCAGCCUUGUAGUGAUUUCUGGAAAGAGAAUAAAGCAGGAGACAGACCAAAUAGUUUGGUUUAAAUUCAUCCAGAUGUUUCUUCCAAAGACGUCACUGUUCUGGGUGUGUGCUUGGAACCAUGUUUUGACAUCCUUGCAAUGCCGGUUAAGGAGCUGAGUUCAGAUUCUAAUCUGUGUGAUACUGACUGUGAAUACAGUGUUUAGAAGGAGACAGUAGAUGUUCAGGAAGCAAAUGUAUUAUCUUAUGUGUUCAAAUUUGGCCCUAGUGGCAAAAACUAAAGAAGAAUUAAAUGCCUGGUUUGUUGCAUUGCCAUCCAUGAACUGAGCUUCCUCAUCAAAGUUUAAAUCCCAUGAAAUCUGAUACCUGCAAAAAAAUGUGUUGUGUUGUGAACAAUUGUGUUGUGAACAAUUGCAAACAAAUGCAAAGGGUCAUUUUGGUGCUACUUUCCAUGGUCUUAAAAGGUCUAGGCCCUAUCGGGGAGGUGAAAAAAAUUACACAUUUAUCUCGUACAAAAUUCUUUUGCAUAUUCCUGGAAAAUUUUAGUCCAGAGUUGCCUAAAAAAAAAAAAGAGCCAUACAUAACCAUAUAACUGGCCAACCUGUUGUUCAUUGCUGACUUUGUUUCCCAGCUCUGUAACAUAGUAGAAAAAAGUGGAUUUCAGUACUUCCUGGAUAUGAAAAUAUUUGUAUAUUUAAAAAAAAUAAUGAUGGGUUUUGCACAACCUCUGGCAGUGCCUCAACAGAGAACAUACCUGAUCUCUUCUAGUCAGAAAGGACACCUAUGUAUAAACACACUUCUAUAGAUAUAUAUAUGAUUGUGUUAGCGUUAGAAUUUGGAAGGAUGUUCAGUGUUUGUUUUCAGUGCUCUAAAUGGAUUUUUAUGUAAACUUGCCCCUUCGAUGUUACCCACUCCUGCUUUCUUUGAAUAAUAUAUUUUUUAAAAGCAUCUUGCAUAGAUGUGCACAGAAUGUAAGCCUAAAAUGUUUCUACAGCAUUCAUGUCACACAGUUUUAAAGCACUGAAAAUCUAACACACAAGGGGCACAACACCUUGCUUGUAUUUUUUGCAAAACUUGUGAGCCAGAGGAAAGGAGGAGAAGCCUCCCUGCUGGCUACCACAGCAAACCAGGCAUCACUCCCCAGGCACAAGGCACCAGAACCACACUCAAUGCUUCAAUCCUUGCACCCCUGAACACACCACAGAUAAACUUAACACCUGCACACAUGGACACGCAGGCACUCUUUCUAAUACAGAGGUGCAGUGAUAUGUCUUCAGGGUAGACUGUUUUAUUUUAGGUGCCACAACAUUUAUUUUAUUUUAUUUUUUAUAUAUAUUUUUUACAAAAAUAGAGUUAGUGUUUGUUGUAAGAGAAAAACUUUGUGGAGUGAGGGAAGACAAGCACGGCUUUUAAAGCACUGGGAAUGUCACCCAAUUUAACAGGGAGGUUGGGAGGGGUUUUUUUAAUUAAAAAAUGCUAUUGUAAGGGUAGCACUCUUUAAGGCUUGUUGUGCAAUGACUUUUUUAUUCAAGAAAGAAAGAAAACACAGUCGACAGACUAUAAAAUCCUAGAUAGGUGCAUUCUUUAUACUAUAGUCACUGAACUACUUGGUGACUCUAAGUGAAAUAACAAACACAAGAAAUCUCAUCUUUUAUUUGAGUACAGAGAUGUGUGUAAUGUUUGAAUCAGUAUAAUUUCAGCAACUUUCUCUAAGCUUCCCAUGUUCAACAAACCUAUAUGUUCUUUUUUAAAUUUAUCCCAAGUUCAUCUCGCACGCCUGCGUGCAAACUCUCUCUCUUGCUUUCAGUGUCUAUGUGCCCAUUUCCUCUCAGCCUUAUGCAAACAAUAUGCAAGAAAUGCUGAAACUUGAGUAAAACGGGUCAUUGCAGAGGGAAAAUGAAAAAGCUGAUAGAUCAUUUUUGAGGGGGGGAGGUUAGUUGUUUCAUGAAAAGGUGUUUUUAAAGAAAAGCUUAAAACUUACUAGAUACAUCCACAAAAACAAUGAAAGAGGGAUUUAAAGUACAAUGGGAUUCUUGAAAUGAUUUCCAUUUAUUUUGUUUUUUAAGUACAGUGUUCUUGAGGAUUGGAACAUGGUUUUUCAUAAUCAUAUU